AUGCCAAAGGGAAAAGACAAGGCUGCCAUGGAUCUCGCCAGUCAAAAGGUCAACGAAUCCCCCCUUGAGGCCCAAUCCCGCAAAGAUGGGAAUUUUGACGAGGCCGAAGCCAAAUUACCCAAACGCUGGAGCAAGACCGAAAUGAGCUUCAUCGACAAAGGCACCAGUCUGUUGGGUUCGAAGAACCCCUUCGGCAAGAAAGCGGACCCCAAGGACAACAUAGUAUGGCUCCUGGACAACACAGCAUACAGACCGAUCAAGCCGGGAAGAGACGCUGCUCAGCCUUGGCAAUCUGAAUUUGUGGCUUGCUUCUUUCGUGAGGGCCGAAAAGAUUUGACCAAAUAUGUUAGUGCCAUUGCCGACAUGGUGGGAUUGGAUGGCAAGGCUGGCAGUGAUGAUGCGGCCAGACAGAGGAUCGCGGAACGUAUCAAGCCCUUUGUCAUGGCCGUUGCUCCAGCACGCACAAUUCAGAUCAAGAUUCCCUGCCCAGGUCCCACCGGAAUCCCCCACAAACGCGUUCUGGGACCCUCAAACCCCAAUGGGAUCAGCAGCCAAACCUUGCUCACGGGUGGUGCUGAUGACGCCGACGGGAAGGUGGUGGUCUGCACCAGCGAAGGCGAUAUCUUCCCAACCCUGAAAUCCAAUACACGAUUUGUCGGCCCCGAAGGCUGGGCUGUCAUUUCAGAUAUCGAUGACACAGUGAAAGUGACGAUGACUCCAAGUCCCACUGGUAUCCUGCAGUCCACCUUUGCCGACAUCCCAAAGACCACACCGGGGAUGCCAGAAUUCUACAAGGUCCUCAAUGAGUCUUUGAAAUGUCCCGCUUGGUUCUAUCUGUCAGCUUCUCCGUAUAACCUGUACCCAUUCCUCCAGGACUUCCUCAGCACCAACUAUCCGCAAGGGACGCUCAUCCUGCGUGAUGCCUCGUGGAUGUAUCUAGGCGGCCUCUUGCAAUCUCUCACUCAAGGUGUCAAAGAAUACAAGACUGAUCGCAUCGAAAAGAUCCAAUCCUGGCUUCCAAACCGCAAGUUCGUCUGCAUCGGUGAUUCAACCCAAUCAGACCCAGAAGCGUACGCUGUGAUGUAUGCCAAAUAUCCUGACUGGAUCAAGGCGAUCUACAUUCGGAAAGUUAUUGAAGCUCCUCACAUGGAAGCCAAGAACAAGAACCAAAGAUUCAUCGACGCGUUCAAAGAUGUUCCCGACCAUAUCUGGAGGGUGUUUGUGGACCCGAAAGAAUUAGCGGACCACAUCAAACAUGUAGCCGGCGUUGCACAUGCGGGUAUGGUUGGAAAUAUGCUAGGUCUAUAG